GCGUCUCCGUCGCUGCCCCCGUGGCAGUUUGUCUAGUUUCAGGCGUCCGGGCUUCUGCUCCCUCAGGGAAUCACCAUGGUGUCUCACGCCGGUUGGGGGAGCCCCGGGAAGGCGCGGCUCGCGCUCUGUCUGGCGGGGCUCGCUCUCUCUGCUUACGCCCUGCAUGUGAAGGCGGAGCGCGCCCGGAGCCGGGAAUAUCGCGCCUAUUGCGACUUGGGCGAGUCCGUCAGCUGCUCCCGCGUGUUUUCCUCCCCAUGGAGUAAGGGCUUUGGGCUGGUGGAACCCUUCCUGGGUCCUGACAGCAUCCUGAACCAGUCCAACAGCAUCUUCGGCCUUAUCUUCUAUAGCCAGCAGCUUCUUCUGGGCUGCUACAGUGCUCGGUGGGCUUCUUCAGUCUUGAUGUUCAGCUCCGUGCUUUCUCUUUUGGGCUCAAUUUACCUAGCCUGGAUCCUGCUUUUUGUGCUCUAUGACUUCUGCCUGGUUUGUGUCUCUACCUAUGCCAUCAAUUUGGGCCUAGCCAUACUCAAUUACCAGAGGGCAAUGGGGCCCUUGAGAUUACAGGACCGCAAUAAAAAGAGACACUGACCUCCCAGACUCUAGUGGGGAUUUCCAAGCCCUGAUCAACCUCUGGUCCAACCCAGGAGUCUAAUCCCUCAGCUGCUGGAGUUUGGAUGAAGACUGAAGGAUGGUGGAAGGAUCCAUGCUCACAACUGAGUGUGUGUUUGACUGUGCCCCACCACCAGGGGACAGCUGCUUCCAGGAUGUGUAGGCAGGACCCUAUUGCUCAGUACCAGUUGUCUCUGGAAUCACCUGCCGAUUUCACCAUUUUCCCCUAGACUACCACUUUUGGGGGAAGUUGGGAUAAGAAUUGCUUAUCUCUUAAAAGUGGGGACAGCCUAAUCCAUGGUAUGUAUUCAAUAAAUAAAAUUAGAAAGGCACACUGUA